CAAGAUGCCAAGUGCUGACACUCAAAGCGCAACAGUAUCAUGGGUCGAUCCACAAGACACAAAAGACAUCGAUCAGUACAUUGCCAACUUGUGGGACGUCAAGGAAUUUGACAUCUACACCGAACGGGAUGUCCAGAAAAUAACAGAAAUCAUAAACUUUUACCAGGAGCAGCCUCAUGUUCUGGACCCACAUCUUCAGGAAUGGAUAGACAAGUUGCUCGUUGUAGGACUAUCCGAUAAGGUGUCCCAAAUGGCCAUAAACUUGGCCUUCAAAUACUUAUAUCUGUUAACGAAAGUAAGAGGACAGAAGUAUAUAGUGAGAUUACUUCCCCACGAAGUUGCGGAUAUUGAGACGGUUCUGAGUCUGUUGGAAUCAGAGAAGAGUGAUAUUUGGCAUGCAAAGUAUGUGCUGUUCCUGUGGCUCAGUAUUCUGGUUCUCAUACCGUUUGAUUUGAAGAGGCUGGAUGGAGAGAGGGAGGAAGGAUGGAGUAUUAGGCGUAUGCUGAAAAUUGCCACCGAUCGUAUUGAAGGAGCGGACAAGUCGAGCGAAGCAGCAGCGCUGGUAGUUGCUAAAUUGGUGACCAGACCCGACCUCCAUACUCAACAUCUGAAGCCAACGAUAAUUCAGCUCAUUACUGACUGCAAGGCUGCUGAAAAUGAUGCCGUUUUUGGCUCAAAAACAAAGCUGGGAACGCUGACUGCCUUGUGUCGGAUAUACAAGUUGGGCAGGAGAGACUAUAUACUUCCACACUCACAAUACGUGUUACAACAACUGGAGAGUUUGUCUCUGGGACUCAACCAGAAUACCCUACUGAGGAAGUUUGAGACUAAACUUGCCCAGAGGAUAGGUAUCUCCUUCUUAGCCCCGCGAGUUGCUAAGUGGCGUUAUACUCGCGGUACCCGACUCUUAGCUGACUCUCUUGGCAAGGGCAGUGAUGAGAAAGAGAAAGAGAAAGAGAAAGAGAAAGUUGAGGAUGUUAAAGAUCCUGAGAAUGAGGACGAGGACGAGGAGGGGUAUGAGAUUCCUGAUGAGAUCGAAGAAGUUCUGGAGGUUCUUUUCAGAGGACUCCGAGAUCCGGAGACUAUUGUCAGAUGGUCUGCAGCGAAGGGAGUAGGACGGAUCACUGCCAGACUACCUCGUUCCUUAGCUACAGACAUUGUUAACCAGCUUUUAGACUGUUUCUCCCCGCUGGAAACUGCAUCUUCUUGGCAUGGAGGUUGUUUGGCACUAGCAGAGUUAGGUAGACACGGAUUCCUCUUACCUGACCAUUUGCCAGAAGUUGUUCCUAUCUUGGUCAAAGCUCUUCAGUAUGAUGAAAAACGCGGCAAUCUUAUCAUUGGGGCCAAUGUCCGUGAUGCAGCCUGCUACCUCUGUUGGUCCUUUGCUCGGACCUACGAGCCUGCCCAGAUUGCACCUUUCGUCCACACUAUUGCCAGCUCCCUUAUCCUUGCUACACUGUUCGACAGGCACUGUGGUUGUCGUCGUGCAGCGUCCGCUGCAUUCCAGGAAAACGUUGGACGACAAGGGUCAUUUCCACAUGGUAUUGAUCUCGUGACCACAUGUGACUACUACGCAGUGGCAUUGCAGUCCAAUACUUACCAGAAACUGUCAGUCAAAGUAGCGUCCUUUGAACCCUAUAGUAAACCUGUUAUUGAUCAUUUGGCGGAGGUUAAAGUUCGGCAUUGGUGCCCGACUAUAAGAAAAGACGCAAGUGUCGCAUUAGGUCUCCUCUGUUCCAUUCUCCCGGACUACAUCUACUCCAACGUCCUCCCUCUUCUCCUUGAGUCCUUAGAAACAGGAGACUUCAACUGUCGGCACGGUGCCCUUCACGCCAUCGGGGACAUCUGUGUUGGACUCAAAAACCGAGAUCACAUAUCAGUAGAUCUAGUAGAUAAGAUAAACAACACACUGACUGUGUUGGACACUAGAGGGUCGUUCAGGGGAUCUGGGGGGGAUGAAAUGCGGGGUGCCGUGUGCUACUUUAUCGAGAAAAUAUCUAACGCUGGAGUCGCGCUGACCGGCAAGACAAUAAAAGCAUGGCAGGAAUUUUUAGAUGUGUGCAUUGUGAACCCAGAACAGUUUGUCGGUGUACAAGCCAUGUCAGUUGAAUCUCUCCGUGGUUUCUCCUACCAGUACUACACUGAGUUUAACCCGGAAGUGUGGUCUGGAAUAGUAGAACACUAUACCAGCCACAUCCGGCACGAGUUCACCGCGACGCGGGUUGGCUCAGCGCUGGCUUUGAGUGUCCUCCCGGGAUGUGUGUUGAACCAGGACACCAUGGUUCUUCUUAACUUCCUCCCUCCGUGCACCAAAGUGCAGAGCAAAUCAGAGACAAGUUUAGCAGAAUGCAGGGUGAGCGCUGUUAAAGCGAUAACUAAUGUUCAGUUGGUGUGUCAGUGCAACUCGGAGACGCGCGGGCGGAUCUAUGCAGUGUUGUUGGAAUGUUUAGAAGAUUACAGUACUGACAGUAGAGGUGAUAUCGGAAGCUACGUUAGGGAGGCGGCUAUGUCGUGCUUAAUGAAGUGUAACCAAUUCAUCUUGUCUAAAGGACAUCCCACAAAUAAUGCCCCUCCAGUUAAUCUGACAUUUACACGUGAUCUGAAGCUGGAGCUAGUGCGCGGCUUCCUGCAGCAGAGUGUUGAGAAGAUAGACAGGACCAGGCAGGUAGCUAUGGAGGCACUUCAUCAUCUUGUACACAGUGAGCUGGAGUUGACUGAACACGAUUCUCUCCGUGCUGCUGUACCUCUGUUACCGACCCUGUCCUCCUCAGUGAUUCUACCUAAAACUGAGAAGGAAAAAGAAGCUGUAGCAAUGCACGAAGGCGAGGUGUUCCUUCAAAAUGUGGAGUAUAACAACCCUAACGUGCUCUUCCCCCGGUCAAUGGCUCUGCUAACCUCUCCCAACUACAUCAUCAGCUUCCUCCGUGGACUCGUCGUCAGCAUUGGAGGUCUAACAGAGUCCCUGGUGAAAGCGUCGUCCUCAGCUUUUGUAGACUACCUGACGGAGCAUGAGGAGGACUUGCAGAGUGUUUGUGAUGGUCUGAUAAAAGUCCUGGUGUCUGAUUAUAAAAAUGAUCGUGUCGUGGUCCCCCUUUUCAAAACGGUGGAGUUAAUGCUGACGAAUGUGAUCCUUGAUGAUGAGAUGGGAAAUGGUUUUGUCGCCAAGUUUGUCCACCAAAUAAAGUUGGAACUGAAAGGGUGUGGCAGCGUGGGAAAAUUACUCGCGACUCUGAGCCCUCUGGCUAAUUGCCUCCAGUUUACUGAUAACUCGUGUGUUCUCAGUCAGAUCAUGCUCCUGCUUUGUCAUAGGUACCCGCGAGUAAGAAAAGGGAUGGCGGAUGCGUUCUACACUGCACUGGUAACAUUUGAUGAUGUCAUUUCAAAUACGGAAGAAAUUUCCCAGAUUCUCGAAGAAACCGUUUGGGAAGAUCCAAACGAUAUAGACGAGUUGAGAGCUAAACGGAACAAGAUUUGCGAUCUGGUUGGAGUGUCUCAGCCCAAACUUCUGAAAUCUAGCAAAGCAAAGCCUAAAGCUUCGACCGUCGAGCAGUUCGAUAGUUACAGUGAUUUGGUGGGAAGGGCUGGAUAUUGAGCUUGUUUAAACGAUUUACCUUUAGGAUAAUUAAACUAGUUAUUUACUAAUUAAUCAAUUGGUAACUCACUGUGAAGUGUGUAAGAUGUCUUGUACAUAGUUUCGUAAUUCUUUUGAAAUUCUUUGGUUGCACUCGCUGGCAAGGUUCUUCCAAAUUUUAAUUUUGUGACCAACAAUCCAUAUAAUCAGUGAUACCAAAUCAAUUAGUUAUCGGAAUUAUUUUCGGGUGAACAUAGUAAUUUAAUGUUGAUAUAUUACUCAAUUACUGUCAUAUAACUCAUAUUAUUAUUAUCAUAGUAUUUACAUAAUUUAAGUAACAUCUUUGAUUUUUCAAGGUCUGAGAAGAAAUGAGAAAAAAAACUUUUUUAUUUGAUUAUUGAUGUUAAAUUUGUAUGUGUUUAAAUAAGUAUAUUAUUAUUGUAGUGUUUUCUAUUCGUUACUUUGUUGUUAAUAUUAUUUUUAGUCAAAAGAACAAGGAUUUUCAUAUAAAUAUGUACAGUUUGAAAUCGUAA